AUGUCGCCGCUGGCGGCGCUGGUCACAAGGACGGAAGAUGCAUCCAUGUUCAGCAGGCCAGAUCCCAAUCUGCACACGAAGCUCUUUGCCAAAUACCCGUGGGACUACUUCGAGUCAGAGACCGGGAAGCGGUAUCGGAUGCAGAUGUCUGCGUAUCAAGACAUGGAUUCUGCUGAGCUGCUCACUUCCAUCUGCUGUGAGCACCUGUUCCCUUUCCGGAUACCGAAGCUGUACUUUGCCGACAUCAAUCGGGAAACCACGAACUACGUCCUGAUUGUGGAGCGCAUUCCCUUCGGGAGACGCGGGAAGGUGGUGAAAGGAAAGGUGACGGAGAAGAUCGAGCGAAAACCUUUCGAGAUUUUGCCUGUGUGUGGCAAAUACCAGGACUAUUUGCUGGAGGAUGCUCCCAGCAUCUAUUUUGCGCUUUUCCGUGAGAUGGCUCAUUUGGCAGCUUGGGACCAUCAAGGCCGCUACGAUGCGUUUUUGGGGCCGAUGCAAAAAUACACGGAGCAGGAGUACUUGGACCAGGUGAUUCGAGUUCGAAAACCGCAGAAAGAGAGGAAGAUGGAGGUGCUGAAAGGUGGCUGUCAGUCCAUGAUCGAGAAAGGAAUCGACUUUGCGGUGAAUGUUGCUUCGCAAAUUUUUACGGCCUCAGGCCGAGACAAGGCAAAGCUGGAGAAAAUGAAAAAGGAGAUCGUGGAGAUAGCGCCGUACUUCGAUGACAUCAGGUCAUACAUGAGCAACUCCAGCGACUGGACGGCGGCCAUGCACAUGAACCUCCAAGCGGACAAU